AUGGAAGACAAGAUAUCAGAUAAGUUCUCCACACUGACUAAUGACGAAGUGUCCGUGUUAUUCUGUUUUCUGUGUUCUGACUCCGGUCCUCCUGACUUCAGCGACACAGAGUGGCUGGACUUGCUUCGUGUCAUACGACAGAGAGUGUACGGUAAAUGGAAUCUUGUAACACGCGAGGAAGCACAGCAGACUCUGGACAGACUGAAGUCACGUGAUUACCUUUGGGAAGAUCAGGACAAUAUCACGGAGGACACAAAGGAUGAGACAAUGUAUAGGAUAGCAUCAAGACGCAGUGAUAUACCAUUCUUUUACAGUAGUUAUGACACAGCCAGUGUGUACCUGAGAUCACGAGGAUACAACAGAAAACCAGGAGAGAAGUGUGUAAGUUGUCAUGGCUGUGAUCCCAUACUGAUACACCGUCUACAGAUGAACAUGCUGAUUCACGUCACUAUAGAUGACACGACUAUAUAUGAUUGGAUACACCAGAUAUUGGAUAUCCCAGAAAACAUACUUAAGGACAGUGAUAAACGAGCACAAUUUUUAAUGAAUCUGAGAAAUAAAGGGGAGGCUGUACAUUUAAGAAGAAGAUCGCAAGAGAGUGUAGAUCACGUGACGUGGCUCUGGAGUGGCUGGAGACCUGAUAUCGUGAGAUCCUGUAUAGGUCUACAUCCACACUGGGACAUUUACAUCAUCGACAACAAACCUUACAGAAAACCAAGUGAAUAUCUUAUAAAUCCACCGGAUGUCAGGUGUCUACUGUAUUCUUUACUGUUAAUUGAGAAAUAUCAGCUGAAUCUCAAUGUAAAAUCCCACAACAGCACAAGACACAAAAUCAGAGACAGAUAUUUCCCUGGUACGACUGUAGAGGGCGUGGUAGAACUUCCUGAUGGAAUCACAGAAACUCGUGAAAGUGUGAUAUGCUUUAUAUCAGACGACGUCAGACAUGACGUCAUGUACGCCUUUGUUACGGAGUGUCUGGUUGAGGACAGUGAUCUGGAGUUUUUCCUGACCACGGCGUCACGUGACGUGAUCUCAGAAUACUGCCGGUCUUGGAAUUAUGAAAGAAGUGAGGGAGAGAGAUGUCUGUAUGUACCGGGCGAGCCGAAGAAGAUGAACGACCUCAUAGACAAACUACAGCUGGACAUCAUCACACACUGUACCGUGUCUGACUGGAGGAUUCAUGACAGGAUCCGUCAACGUUUAGGCGUCCCUAGAGAAGUACUAAAAUGGGACCAGGAGGCCAGAGAGCGGUAUGUGGAGUACGCUAAGAGAGGAACACAGACAGUCCACCACGCCCGGGGGAUGAUUGUAGGAUGUGCUGGGGCAGGAAAAACCACGCUACUUAAACGUCUGCAGGGUUGUAGUGACGAAGAGAUUGAGAAAGUAAAAUCUACUGAGGGGUUGGAGGUGCAUGAGGAAAUAUUUGAAUUAUAUGAAGAAACAAAGUCUCUGAAAGUAAGAACAAGCUAUAUGGAUAACAGAAAUAAUGAAAAGAAGGCAACAGAUAUUGAACCGAAGACUCUGACUUUGUUUGACUUUGGGGGCCAGUGUGCGUACUACGCCUGUCACCAGAUUUACCUGACCAGAAGAGCUUUCUAUGUCGUGGUGGUGGACGCCUCUAAACGUCUUAACCAGAAGGUGGAUAAGGAAGUGUGUGAUCAAGAUGGAAGUGUCUUCUCUGGAUGGACUUAUGGAGAUUACUUUGUUUUCUGGAUCAAGUCUAUUCAUACCUACUGUGGUUCUGACAAUGAACAAGAUCCAAAGCCCACAGUUCUGAUAGUAGCAACCCAUUGGGACAAAAGAAACGGACAAUUCCAUGACAGAAAUAAAUUAAGGAAGAGCCUGAGCUGUCAGAUUCCAGAGUCGUCUUACUUAUCACAGUACAUUAGAGAUGAUAAAAUUUUUUGCGCUGAAUUGAAUUUACCUCUCAAUGAUCUGGAAACUUGCCUUUUCAACAUAGCUUCCCAUCAUCAAUGGAACGAGAAUAUUCCAAAAGAAUGGUCUUUUUUUGGAAUUGAAAUCAAUCAGAAAAAAAUCGUACAGCGAAUCAUGAAUACCUUGGAAAUAACAAUGACAGCUCCAGAGAUUACUUAUACAGGAGAAAGAGCUUCUAAAAAAGUUGAAAAUGAAAAACUAGACAUGUUGAGAUAUUAUCAUGAUGCCGGAAAAGCUCUGUAUUUUAAUGAAAAUUGGCUGGAUGAUAAAGUAAUAAUUGAUGUUCAAUGGUUUAUUGACGCUUUCAAGCAUAUCAUCACAGACGAGCUAAAUUUCAAAGGUAUUCAUGUAAAUCAAGGGGAUUGGAAUGAAUAUUACCAAACUGGAAAUUUGCGAGACCGACUCCUUGUGAAGAUCUGGAAACACAAAGAUGAAGAAUUGUUCGAAAAGCUAAAGAAAGAAGGAAAAUUAACCGAUAUAGAAGACGGAGAUUACGAAAGUGAAAAAGAAUUAUAUGAGAAUGAUAAACGAUAUCUUCAAUGCCACAAGGUAUCGCUCCUUAACUUUAUGCAAAGACUUGGUUUGCUGGCUAUUGGUACAGAAUCCCACUAUGUUCCGUGUAUGAAUCGUAAAGAAAUUGAAAAAGAACUUUUAAAUCUCAUCAAGGAAUCGGAAAGUAAAUCAUCUGUCCUUGUUUUCCAAUUUGAUUUUCUGCCAUUUUUCUUGUUUUUUCGCCUUGUUGUUGCUUGUAUGCAAGAAAAUGGUUGGAAAGUCCUACGAAAUCAAGGAACAUCUUGCCUCUACAAAAAUGCUGCUUUGUUUUCCUACAUUCAACACAACAUUGUUUUAUCCGUCACUGAAGAAUCUAUACAACUUCAAGUAUUUUGCCCGAUACCAGGACAUGUUUUGGAAACAGAAAACACAUGCUUGAUUCAAGGAAGAAUAGAAGAGCUGUUAAAUGCAAUAGCAGGAACAUUUCAUAGAGAGAUACAGUAUGUAAGAGGAUUUAGAUGUCGGAUGAACAAAGAAAAAACGAUUGCCAUCGAUAUAAAGGACCAUUUUCUACCUGAAAAAGACAUUCCAAACGAAGAUCUAAAAUUGAUGUGUCCUUUGCAUUCCGUUAAUGAUCGGCAUACCAUUGAUACUACUGAACUUACUAGAUAUUGGAAAUUGUAG